CUGCUGCUAGGACCACAAGUCAGAUAAGAGGUUAUAUAGAACCAGGAGGGGAGAAGCAGUUGGACAAUCAAACAUGGGUGGUAGAGUGCAGAAGAUCUACCACCUUGCUGCUUUCAGCUGGUAUGCAUUUGUCAUACAGUCACUUUAUGCCAAGGGAGAUGAAGACCUUCCACCUGGGAUAUUUGUCUAUGGUGGGCCCUGGAAAUACCUGACAUUUUUAAACCUGAUUCUCCAGAUGGUGUUUUUUGGCCUGGCUGCACUGAAUGACCUCCAGUCCUCGGGCAAAGGCUUGCGUAUGGCCAGGGACCUGCUCUUCUCAGUCUAUACAUUCCCAGUGGGCAUGUUUGUGGUGGUGUUGUUUUGGUCAAUAUUUGCCUACGACAGGCAGCUUGUUUAUCCUGCAUCUCUGGACAAUUUCUUUCCUCCCUGGAUAAACCAUGCAAUGCAUACCUUUGUGUUCCCGAUCCUCUUUGGAGAGAUUUUGCUUCAGCCUCAUGCCUAUCCAAAGACCAAAACAGGCAUGACGGCAUUAGGUGUUGUAGGGCUUGCCUACUUAAGUUGGGUGAUUUGGGUGUACCUGAGUGUGGGUAUCUGGGUGUACCCCCUUCUCUCUUUGCUCAGUCCUGCUGGACUGAUAGGCUUCUUCUUUUUCAACAUGACUGUGGUGACUCUGCUUUAUUUGCUAGGACAAACACUAAACAGCAGCAUCUGGGGGAAAACACAGAAGGUCAAGAGGAAAGCAUAGACACAGGAUUUCUGGGAUAUUUAUUGACACGUUGCCAUGUGCUGACACCCCUCAACAGAAGCUCUCCAUGUCAGUCUCUUAAAUACAUUAUUUCAGAUUCUGUUCCAAGACGAGAUAAAUGCAUAAGGAGCCCAGAUGGUAUCAAAGGAAUCAAGAGUACACUCAGUAUAAAAAAGUAUGUAUAAAUAA